CUUUCAUCUCCCCACGAUCGCCAUUGUGACUCACGAUAGGAAUAGGAAUAGCACACAAUCUCUUGUAGUUUUUAGUGUAGAAAAACACAAAGUGAACGAAGUUUGAGUGUUUUUUGUCGUGUAUCCGGCCCAUGACCUUUAAAACUCAGUAGCAUUUGUACGUGUUAUACUUUUAAGUAUUCUAUGAACCCCGAAAAUAAAAAACAGGACAGCGAAGGCUCAAGCAACACUUCUGCUCUUGCGCAGUUGUCAUCUUCGAGCCUUGCUCUCUCGCCUGAGGAAGAGGUAUUCCAGUCCAAUAACGGAGAGCCAGAUACCAUGAAACGAGCUGCUGCCGCGAAAAGAAUUGAACGCUACUUCUAUCAGCUUACAGAUGGUUGUGGCAAUGAAAACUGCAGCAACAAAUUUUGUGCUUCUAGUGGAAAAGCUCCAUCAUUGAAGCCGAACCAAGCUGCUGUUUUAGCUCUUGAAUUAUUCAAAGAAGACUCUCCUCUGUGCGAGUAUCACCCGGCAAAAAUUCCUAGAACUCAAGAGGCAGGAGACCUCACGCCUGAAUCAUUUGUCUCCUCAUUAUCAAAUGUUAUCGAGUCUGCCAGCUCCAGCGAGAAAAAAGUUCCUUCUGCUUCAAGUGAGCUUGAGGUUGGAGAAUCUUUGACUCCGACAACGUCCUCGAAUACGCCCACCACAAAGACACAAACCAAAACAACUUCACCAUCUGUCUCUGACAAGGACUGCACCAAUAAGCCUUACAAUGCAUCUUCAAGCACUAAAAAAAAAUACUUGACCGAAAAAAUCCUUCAUGAUAUAUUGGAAACUUGCAAAGAAACAAAUUCAUACUCAGCCCUCCGAGCGUCAUUAUAUCAAGUUUUCUCUGAGCCGGAAUGUUUGUAUCAAAGCUUCUUGAAGUCUGAUUCGGAGCCAGCCAAAUCAGAACUGUACCCUAAUUUGAAGAAGGAAGAGGUUCGAGAGCUGGAAGGUGAAAUGGAGAAAGACCAGGAUAGCGUGGCUGUCGGGAAAGGAGAAAUAGAAUCAUGUUCUGAUUAUUUAGCUGUUGAUAUUGCAUCAUUGAGACGAGCAUACAAAGAGCUAUCAUCUGUUCCUGCCUCUGAGUUUGAAGAUGCUUUUGUCCGAGCACUUUUGACCUUGGCAGAUCAAAUAUCCAUUGACCUGCAAAUGUGUGGGAAGUGUGGAAAUUCAUGCAACUUGGAUAUGCUGGUGCAGGUUUUUGUGAUCGUAUUUGAAAUACCGAUGUUAGAAAGGUGUGAGUAUCUAGAGACAGCUCUUCCCAAGUUGUGCACUGUCGCUAGUCUCCUACCGCUGGCCGCCCAGUCAAGAUUAGCCAGAGUCUGGGCCAGGCACAGUAAACCGAGGCUAAAAAAUAUCCUCGAAGCUUUACAACAGCUAGUCUCCUCAAAAGUUGUCAUGGGCACAUUCACCAGUGAAUAUUUUGUUCAGGAUGAUGAAGCCAUUACAGCAGCUACUAAAGUUAUGAAAAUCCUUUACUUCGCAAACCUGUUGGCCGGUGAAUUAGAUUCUCCUGAGCUACGAGAAGAAGAUUUGUCAGACUGUCCUAUUUCUGAAGAUUCCUUAUUCUAUGGUUUUAUUAGUGCAAAAAGGGGCUGUACGUGUCCGGCCGACAAAGAUCCUCUGGGUGAAGAACUGAAUAUUGACGUCCUGGAUGCUCGAACACCUUUUAUACCCUUCUCCGAGUUUUACAAUGAGCCGCUUAGCGAUGUUGUUGAAAUGGACAAAGACUUCGCAAAUUACAAAAGCUCCAAAGAAUCAAGUGGUUCUGGCCUAGUGUUCGGGAUGACUUCUAAAAAAUUUAGUUUCAUGCACUAUUCCUUCAUUUUAACUCCUGCAACUAAAACGCUGGGAUUGUAUUAUGAUAAUCGCAUUCGAAUGUAUAGUGAAAGGCGCAUAAGUUUGCUUCGAACUGUUGUUGGAACACCAACCAACCCUUAUUUAAGGCUGAAAGUUAGGAGAGAUCACAUCAUAAAAGAUGCGCUCGUUGAGCUUGAAAUGAUAGCAGCAGAAAAUCCAAAAAAUCUAAAGAAACAACUUGUUGUGGAAUUUGAGGGAGAACAAGGUAUCGAUGAAGGAGGUGUUUCUAAGGAAUUUUUCCAACUCAUAGUGGAAGAAAUUUUCAACCCUGAUUACGGUAUGUUCACUCUUCAACCUGAAACGCGCACUAUGUGGUUCAACACAACAUCUUUUGAAAGUGAUGCACAGUUCACCUUAAUCGGCAUUGUGCUCGGUUUAGCGAUUUACAACAAUGUUAUAUUAGAUGUCCAUUUUCCAAUGGUUGUGUACAGAAAACUGAUGGGGAAGAAAGGGACUUACUACGAUUUAGAAGAUUUCAACAAGUCCCUGUACUCCGGUUUAAAAUCAAUGUUAGAUCACGAAGACGAUGAUAUGCAGGACACAUUCAUGCAGACUUUCAGGAUUUGUUAUGAAGAUGCUUUUGGAUCUGUUUUACAUCAUGAUUUGAAAGAAAACGGAGAUCAGAUUUAUGUUAAUCAAAUUAAUAAGAAAGAAUUUGUUGAUCUCUAUUCUGAUUUCCUUCUCAAUACAUCAGUGGACAAACAGUUUAAAGCCUUUAGACGUGGUUUCGAAAUGGUGACAGAUGAAUCGCCCCUUCAUCUUCUUUUCAGACCAGAGGAAGUAGAACAGCUAAUUUGCGGUAGCAAGAGUUUCAAUAUGAACGAAUUAGAAGAAGCCACGGAAUAUGAUGGUGGCUAUACCAGUGAGACGCAAAUUAUUAAAGACUUUUGGGAAAUAGUUCAUGCACUUCCUUUGGAAAGUCAAAGAAAACUACUUCAAUUUGCAACAGGCAGUGAUAGAGUUCCAGUAGGUGGACUGUCUAAAUUGAAAUUGAUAAUUGCCCGAAACGGCUGUGAUUCUGAUAGAUUGCCGACUGCUCAUACAUGUUUUAAUGUCAUUCUCCUCCCUGAAUAUAGUUCUAAAGAAAAACUGAACGACAGAUUAAUCAAAGCUAUCAAUUAUUCCAAGGGAUUUGGAAUGCUUUAAGUGUAAUUUUUCAGCGAUUUGGAUCAUGUCUGCGGAUUCCACUCUGUUAGCACUUUAAAUUUUUUACCCUCCUAUUUGCUCCUCCAAAAUGAGGACUUUUACACAAAAAAUGUAAGAAUGUUUGCGAAGAAGAUCCUUUUUAUACCAGUUUGCGAAGGAAUUUUCAGAUGGUCUAUUUAAUGUUUUUUCCAUCUAAUAUUCUUUCCGCAGCAAAGUCUUAUGCUAAUACCAAAAUUUCAAAAUGUUAUAUAGGCGUCUAAAGCUCUGACUAAUUUUUUGGAUUAUCAAUUUAUUUAAAGAUAAAGUUCCUCUGUUUCAGAGAGGAAAUAAUUUUCCCCAUCUUGAAUGUGAAAGUAAGUUAAGAGUCAUUUAAGGAAAGUUAAGUGUAAUGUUUUAAUUUUCAAAUCUAUGAUGUACCCACUUAUUGUCUAAAUAUGGGAUACAAGUGAUGACCAGACAUGGGCUUCUGUGAGCAAAAUGUCACUGUGUCUUUUAGAUUAAAUUUUUAAAGUGAAACCAUCUCAACUGAGCUGUUGCCAAAUUUCUCCUUCUUCCAUAUUUCUCAAGAACAGCUAAUGAACUGUGUCUUGCAUAACUUUUGAGUGAUUUGUUUGUACUCGAAUCAAAAUAUUUAAUGCAAAGUGUAUAUUCCGAUCCUCUUAGAAAAAAUAAUUUUAAGUGGAAAUUUGACAACAUUAGAACAAGCUAGUUUUUCUCUGAUAAAUUCAAUCUUUUUUGUCACUUCACCUUGGAUAAACAUGCUCUAGGUUUUCGUGCUCUUAACAAAUUGUUUAUCGUUGUUUUAUCUGGUUGUACAAUUUUUUUUAAAAAAAUUCUCCCUUUUACACACCGAAA